CCACGCGCGUGAUAGGAAGAGGUUAGUUCUUGACUCAUUCAAACUUUUUGUAAACAUUGCUCUGCUUUUACUGUGAAAAGACGUGCUUUCUGUACCGGGGAGGACUCAAGAAGACAGUGACGGAUACCGAAACUCGAUAAACUCGGUAGUUUGUGGUGGUUUGUGAUUUUAAACUUAGGUUGGACAGUGAGACUAUUAAACUACACCGUGGCUAUCUCUCUGCGUUGGAUGGGCGUGUAGGAGUUAGCAAACAAGCUAACUUUUCUUCGCACUUUAACGGACUUUUAACCGUUUUAUACAAGUUUUGGACCAACUUUCAGCGAGUAUCUUGUUUAAAGGUAAUUUGAAGUAGGUAUAUUUUUCCUGAAACGCCACUACAAGUGUAGUGGAGGUCCUACCGCGUGUUUUCCGUCGACGACGCUGGGGUUUAAAUCCUGAAAAUGUCGAGCUACGGCCGCCAUCGCCACGGAUCCCCUUCACCCAAAACUCGCCCGAUUCGCCAAAAGCUACAGUUUACAUCGAGUGAUGGCGAAGAUGACGCUAUUGAGGAUGUUAAUAACAGUACCGGAGGAGAGUCCGGCUUCACGGAGUUGGACUCCCCGAUGCCUGUACGGAGGGGCACCGCUGGGGGAGGCAGCAGCCCCCUGAACCAGACCAGUGGGGACGACGACGUGGAGCUGUGGGACGAGGAGAGCUUUGGUUCUCCGUCUCACCUGCGGUCACCCAGCAGUGUUAUCUUUGCUAACUGCUCACCUUCACCGAGGAAAAUGUCCCGGCUGUAUGGAGGAUCACCUGAGCGGUCCUACGUCCAGGAUGACGGGGAAGGAUCCAGCUCACCGAUCCCAGACUGCCCCGACACACCUCCGCAUAAAACUUUCAGAAACCUGCGGCUGUUUGAUACUCCACACACACCAAAGAGUUUGUUGUCCAGAGCAAGAGGCUCCGGCCCGGGAUCCUCUAGCAGAAGAGUUGCCCUGUUCAAGAAUGUGGAGCCUUCAGGAAAGUCAAUCACAGACAGCAACAGGAGACAGCCGACCCCCCUGGUCAACUUUAACCCCUUCACACCGGACUCCAUCCUCAUACAGUCAGCCACACAGCAGAGAAACAACAGGAAGAGGGCACACUGGAAUGACUCCUGUGGAGAGGACAUGGAGGCGAGUGACGGUGAAGGAGAGGAGGAAAUACUGCCACCAUCUAAGAGGAUCACCAUGAUGGAAAGCAACAUGAUGUCCAGGUACACGUCAGAGUUCCUCGAGUUGGAGAAGAUUGGCUGUGGCGAGUUUGGUGCUGUGUUCAAGUGCGUGAAGAGACUCGAUGGCUGCAUCUACGCCAUCAAGAGGUCCAAGAAACCUCUGGCUGGAUCAGUGGACGAACAGAACGCCCUGCGGGAGGUGUACGCCCACGCCGUGCUGGGCCAGCAUCCUCACGUGGUGCGCUACUACUCAGCCUGGGCCGAGGACGACCACAUGCUCAUCCAGAAUGAGUAUUGUAAUGGCGGCACGCUCUCAGACGUCAUCACAGAGAACUAUAGGAGACUCAGCUACCUGUCUGAGCUGGAGCUGAAAGAUCUGCUGCUGCAAGUCACACGAGGACUGCGAUACAUCCACUCGACCUCUCUGGUGCACAUGGACAUCAAACCCAGUAACAUCUUUAUUUCUCGGAGGUCUGUAUCAAGCUGUGAAGAGUGUGAUGAAGAUGAAGGACUGACCACCAGUGUCGUCUAUAAAAUAGGUGAUCUUGGUCAUGUGACACGAGUAAACAACCCACAGGUGGAGGAGGGAGACAGCAGAUACCUCGCUAACGAAGUCUUACAGGAGAACUACAGUAACUUAACAAAGGCGGACAUCUUUGCUCUGGCUCUGACGGUGGUCAGUGCAUCAGGGGCGGAGCCUCUUCCUACAAAUGGAGACAAAUGGCACGAAAUCCGGCAAGGAAAACUCCCCGCCAUCCCACAAGUGCUCUCUCAAGAUUUCCUCAGUCUGCUCAAGCUGAUGAUCCAUCCUGAUCCCAGCAGACGACCGUCAACCUCUGAGCUCAUCAAACACCCGGUGCUCCUCACGGCUGCCAGGAUGAGCGCAGACCAGCUAAGAGUCGAACUCAACGCGGAGAAGUUCAAGAACGCACUGCUACAGAAGGAGUUGAAGAAAGCCCAGCAGGCCCGAGCUGCAGCAGAGGAGAAGGUUUUAUCCACAGACAGGGUCCUGACCCGCUCCACACUCCAGUCCAACCCCAGAACCUCCAGACUCAUCGGCAAGAAGAUGAACCGAUCGGUCAGCCUCACCAUCUACUGAGACUGCGACUGAACAUGAAGGCUCAUGGACCUUUUAAAUCAAAGAACAGUCUCUUUAGAAGAGGAGAGGCCUGUCAGUGGUGGUGUUGGGCUUUAGCGCCCAGUCGAAGCUGUGUAGACUGUUACCAAACUGGAAGUCAACUCUAACAGACUCUCUUAGUUCAGCUCUUUUGUUUUCUGAUGGACUUUAUCUUUGGAGAAUCCUAAAGGUAGUUACUGUACCUUUCCACACACUGUCAUUCCUUAGUUUUCAUAAACAUCAGGCUCUCUCUUCAUUUCUACCCUCGCACUUCCCUCGACAAAGACCCGAAGCUGCAGUGAAACCUCCUCUUCAGUGUGAAUGUACUCGCCGUAGCCGUGCGCACCUUACUGCCUGUCAAACGCCUGAUGCUGGGUACCAGAGAGUCUGACGGUUUCUGUUUGUAAAGGAGCACUUUGGAGGCAACACGUUGGAUUUUGCCAGAAAAGAAAAUUAGAAUAAAAUGCUGCUAUUGAUGUUUUGUGUGUCAGGGUUGGCCGAUUUCAGGUUCUCGAGGUCGUUGGCUCUUAUAUUCACAUAGCAGGAGUCCGGUUUCCUACUUUGACCUCUUCAUUUACACUUUUAUUUUCCGGUGGGAUGAAAAUGGAUCAUGCCAUUUCUAGAAAAUCAUCCAGUUUGGUUUGAAGAACCCAAUCCCUACAACUAACUUGUUAUCUUUGAGUUAAAACUGAUCCAUAGUGUUUUGAUUUGCUGUUAAUUGGUGCUGCCAACCCUGCAUGUAGCAUUAGAACAAUCAUUGUCCUGUUCUCUGGAUCCUCAUGUUUUCAACUUUUUUUUCUACCAUAAGCCGUCAUUAAUUACUGUUUAGAAAGAAAGCUCAUCUUUUUGUUUGUGUAACCCAUAACACAAUCAUUUUUGUUGUUUAACUGUUUGUAAAUAUGUUCUUUUAAUAAAUUCUCACCUACCAAACC